AUGUCCACGAAAACGGAAUCAGUUGUUACAACCACGGAGAUCCAAGUGAAGCAGACGAUUCAACUGAAACAGACGCACGAGGUAACCAUCGGCGAUGCGGUCGCCUCUGAUGCCGCAGCAAUUGCUCUAAUCGGCGCCAACACUUUCUCGGCAACAUUCGGUUUUUCCGUCCCAGAAAAUGACUUGGCAGAUUUUCUAGCUGAGACGUACUCGCCUGAAGCUGUCGAGGCUGAUAUUAUAAGCGCGCCCGAGAACAAGAUCAGCACAUUGGUCGCCCGCGACGGAACGGGCGCCAUUCUAGGGUUCGUACAGCUCGUUCGUGGUCUUACGGAUCCAUCUUUAAAGGGAGAUCCCUCCUCACACGCCGAGCUGCGGAGGCUUUACGUAGAUACCGCAGCCCACGGCAAGGGUAUCGGGAGCAAACUCAUCGCCGUAGUCGAGGAGAAAGCCAGGUCGGAAGGCUUCAAGCAGCUGUGGCUUACCGUCUGGGAGAAUAACAAGAGCGCGCAGCGACUGUACCUGAGGUUGGGCUACUCAAAGGUAGGCGAAGUGGAAUUCGCUACCGGGACUUGCAUUCAGACAGAUUGGGUACUGGUAAAAGCUUUAUGA